AGGUUCGCAGAAGUAGCUGAGCUUGUAGCUGUUUGUUGGUUCGAGAUAGGCGGCUCGAUUGGCUGUCAACUACUCUCCCCUAGAACAGCCUAUACUGCUUAUCUCAUCUUCAAAUUGGCCUCUGAGUCAAACGGACUUGAUCACCCUCCCCAAUUGGCAUCAGUGAGGCUUGGCGCUUAUGCCUCAGAGAUCUAUAUUCGUUUGCAAGAUGAUGAUGAUAGUGAUGAUGAUGCUUUAGAAGAAGGAUGGCAGCAGCAGCAGCGGCGCUUGAGGGAUGAUGGGUGGAUGGAGAUCAAGUUGGGAGAGUUCUAUAAUGACGAGGGGAAUGACGGUGAUGUUGAAAUACGUUUGACGGAAAUGGAAGAAUUGCAUUGGAAGAGUGGGCUCAUCAUCCAGGGGCUCGAAGUAAGGCCCAAAAUUUGACUUAAUUAGAUGCUGUUGUGAUUGUUUUCUACUGCUUUGUAAUCUGAGAAAACAGUUUGCUGUUGCAUGUUUUAUCACGUUACUUGCCAGCAAAACUCUUGCUGAGGCAAAUAUUGGCCA